AUGCCUAAAUACAUAAGUGUCCUAAAACGGAAUCUCCUUACUAUUCGUCAGAAGAUCAAAGACAAUAACUUGUUUUUCUCCAAAGCAGACAAGGGUGAUUGUCUAGUAAUUCUUAAGAAAGCCGUGUACAUCAGUAAAGUACAUGAUUUUCUGUCCAACAAUGGCUUCAACAAGGAAACUAUGUCAACGAUCAACAAAUAUAACAUAAAGUUCAAGAAUAAACUUAAAUCCCUUGGUCCUGUCUUGUGUGACAACUGGAAAUCACUGAUGCCUAUGUCCUUCAUUACCCCUAGACUAUAUGGCCUUCCAAAGGUCCACAACCACGGCAUUCCCAUUAGACCAGUGGUAUCGUUCUGUGGCAGCUUAGCCUAUAGAUUAUCUAAAUACCUCAACAAACUUUUAGUGUCCACAAUUAACUUCAAAUCAGAGUUCAGUGUUGAUAAUUCCUUGGAUCUGAUAAGAAGAAUAAAAGACUUACAAAUCCCAGAAAACACCAUGCUUGCUUCUUUUGAUGUGAGCAAUCUGUUCACCUCUGUACCAGUCCCGCAAACCUUAAAAAUUUUCAAGAACAGACUGAUAGAUUCUCCACUUUCUGAUGACUUGACUGAGUGUGCGUACCAGCUCACAGAAUUAUGCCUUCAACAAAACUUCUUCAAUUUUGAGGGUGAAAUCAUUUCUCAGCAGAAGGGACUUAGUAUGGGAAACUGCCUUUCCCCUCUUUUCGCCGAACUUUUCAUGUCCUACUUCGAGAAAAUGCUAAUUUUUAUAGUGAACAAUCAUUUCAAAGAUAAAAUCCUUUUUUGGUUUAGAUAUGUGGAUGACAUCCUUAUUGCAUGGAUUGGUAGCGAAGAGGAACUGAGAGAGUUCCACAAUUGGUUGAACGGACUCCAUUUGAACAUAAACUUCACGCUGGAGCUGGAAUCGGAUCGUGAAAUAAACUUCCUGGACCUCACAAUCAGGAGACAACAAAACAAGUUGACGUUCAAUGGCAGUCAUAUCAAUAGGCUACUUAAUAUUCCUCUAAGCCAGGAAGCUUAUAUUGAGGAGGUGAACACUUUAAAAUAUCUGGCGGUAGAGAACGGAUAUUCCCCAGAUAUCAUUGAUCGACUUAUUGAUAAGGCAAGGAGAAGACGAACCACAGAAGAACCGAACUCCAGAACUCCGGGAACUGAUGAUAAUUCAAAUCAGAAAUUCUGUUGCAUUCCGUUCUACGGGGGUAUCUCAUAUAAAAUUGCCAACGUAGUAAAACAGGUAGAGGACACUAGAGUGGCUUUCAAAUCCCAGAAUACCCUACACCAAUCCCUCAUCAGGAACAAGAGCCCAAUCGACAUGUUGGACAAGCCGGGUGUUUAUAGAUUGGAAUGUGGUGAACCAGGUUGUAAUGUCGUUUAUGUGGGGAGAAGCGGCAGAUCCAUUAGAACAAGGACCAAAGAACAUCUGGCUAGUGCAAAUAACCCAAAUAAUGACAAAUCAAUUUUUGGUUGUCAUUUAAGAGAAGAAAAACACAAGUUUGAUUUAGAGGAGAACACCCAUCUAAUUCAUCACUGCGAAUUCAACCACAGACAAGAAAUUCUAGAGGAAGUGGAAAUUUACAAACACCUCAAGAGUACAGAAUACAAAGCGUUAAAUUCGAUGUUGACGAACAACAUAAAGGACACUUAUAAACUCUUAUAUUGA